CAACACGCUCGUCCCAGCUUUCAAGCCUCAAAUCUCAGACAUGGCCAUUUUGAGCUCACCAGAGAAGGCCUUGUUGGCCAGCAUCGGCUGUUGCAGAGAGCUCCACCGAGUUCCCUUCACCAGAUCAUGCAAGACCCUUCUCUUCCCGUCGCUCCGACUCUCGAAUCUCGGAGUUUCCUGCUCGAAUUGCCCUUCCACUGUCCUCGAGGAACCGUCUGGCGCCUCGCCUUCUACGCGAUUUGACUUGCAAGCAGCGGAUUCUCUGCAAGGUCCGACCACAGACUCCGAGAGUUUCAACAGAUUCUUACGUGGGUUAUUUGAAGCUCCUGAAACUGAGAAGUUUGCUUGCGAGUACUACGAGAAGGCGAAAGAGAGUCCAAACUUUGAGCCGGAGAAGUCGACGCUGGAUGGCCUCGCCAGGUACCUGAUAAGAGAAAAGAAGUGGGAUUUUAUUGCGGGUCUUUCUUAUGAUUUCAUGGUCUACAAUGUCUUCCCUGAUAAAGUUACCUGUGCUAGACUGGUCAGUAAUUGCAUUGAAGCUAGGAAAUUUAGAGUUGUUGACGGUAUACUAGAAGUGUUAGGACCGAAUAGAGAGGCCGGACUUUUCGCAUUCAACACGGCAAUGCGAGGUUAUAACAAGCUCCAUAUGUAUAGCAGCACGAUCGUCGUGCACGAACGGAUGAAAUCCAUAGGGGUUGCUCUGGAUCCUGGAUGUUAUUACACGAUAAUGGAAGCUCACAUGAAAAUUGGGGAUGUCACAAAAGUUGUCGAGUUGUUUCGUGAGUUUGAAAGUCGCCGAUUCAGCACAACUUCCAUUUCAACUCGGGUUUUCGGUGUUGUUUGUGAGUCGUUAUGCAAAUCCAGAAGAGCCUUUGAGGCCCUUGAGUACUUUAAGAAAAUGAAAAACAGCGGAAUUGCUGCCGACACCAAAAUUUAUACAUCGUUGAUAUCUUCUUUUGCGAGCAUAGGGGAAAUAAAAGUAGCCGAACAGCUUUUUAAGGAAGCCAGUGAAGAGAAGAUAUUGUUGAGGGAUCCGGACAUGUUCCUAAAGCUUGUUUUGAUGUACAUAGAAGAAGGAUUACUGGAGAAAACUUUUCAGGUCAUCGAGGCAAUGAAGGGCAUGAAUCUGAAAGUGUCUGAUUGCAUAUUGUGCGCAAUAGUCAACGGCUUUUCGAAGAAGCGCGGGUCCAGGGCCGCAGUUAGGGUGUAUGGAAAUCUCAUUUCUCGGGGAUGCAAGCCCGGGCAAGUGACGUAUGCUUCGGUCCUAAGUGCAUAUUGCCGUGUCGGGCUCUACUCCCGAGCUGAGGCGCUUUUCUCGGAGAUGGAAACCAAGGGGUACGACAAAUGUGUUGUGGCAUACUCUAGCAUGGUUGCCAUGUAUGGCAAGAGAGGAAAAAUAAGAGAAGCAAUGAAAUUGGUAGCGAAAAUGAAAGCCAGAGGAUGCAAACCGAAUGUGUGGGUGUACAACACCUUAAUGGAAAUCCAUGGGAGGGCGAAGAACUUGAGGCAGGUUGACAAAAUAUGGAAGGAAAUGAAGAGAAAAAAGGUGGCACCUGACAAGGUUAGUUACACAAGCCUCAUUGCCGCGUACAAUAGGGCACGGGAGUUCGAGAUGUGCAUAAAAUUCUACGAGGAGUUUCGGGCAAAUGGGGGAUCAAUCGAUAGAGCAAUGGGUGGGAUCAUGGUGGGGGUUUUCUCCAAGAGCAGCCGGAUCGACGAGUUGAUUAGGCUUCUUCAGGACAUGAAAUCGGAGGGAACAGAGUUGGAUGGGCGGCUUUACGGGUCGGCUUUGAAUGCACUGAAAGACGCCGGCCUGCUAGUUCAAGCUAGUUGGUUCCAGGAAAGCUUCGGCAUGGCCAGAGUUAGAGGAGUUCCUAGUUAAGACUAUUUUACCAAUUGACUGAUACGAUAGAUUCGACCAAUCGCAAUUCAGGCGAUUGAUGGCUCAUUAUCAUGAAAUUGAACCUUAUGUACAUGUUUGAGUACUUGCAAGGAGAUUUCCCUAAUAUCGUGGUGAGAACAGCUAGAAUUUCACGAAGAAGAAUAUAAGAUUGAGAGGAAAAGUGAAAAGGGUUGAUGUAUUUAUUAACUGCCGGGUCCAUGGUGGAUCGGACUGCAGAUCUUGGAGUGGCUGUACGACCCAUCCUUGACCUCGUGGAGAACAAGGGUUUGGCUGAGUUAACAAAAUGGUUGAUCCUAGUAAAGAACAUACAGAGUCCAGGACUCAACCAAGUACAUAUGCUUUGAUUGCCGACAAUGGACUUGGUUGCUAGGUCCACAAUGGCAAAGUUGUCGUGUUAAGUCGAAGUCAUGAUCAUGCCGAUAUAUCCCGUGUUCGUAUAUAAGAUGAACUUGAGCAGUCAAGAUCAGAAACAAGUUAUGGCUGUUAAACAGAUUUCACACUCACAAACAGAAGCAACCAUGAAAAAGGAGUAAACAGACAAGACGAUAUUCCGAUGCAACACCAGAUUAUUUCAUAAUAUUGAUGAGAUACGACAUGAUGUAAUGCAAAAGCAUGUGAAACUCAGGGUGGUGGACUAGGGCAAGGUUUGAUGCAGAAGCAACGGCAGCAAAAGCCCCCGGCAAUGCCUGCUCGGGAAGCCCUCCAUCUUGCAAAUGGCAACACAUUUGAACUUGUGGAAGCAUAGUCCCUUGAACUUGUGGCUUUGGUACUCGCAAAUUCUCGCCUUCACCACGGCCACCAUUGGCUCCAUCUCUGUACAUACCAAAAUUAAAAAUGGGUGUCAGUCUACAAAUGAUUUGAUUAAUCAAAAUUCUCUCAUGGAAAAUGAGUUGAUAAAUCAUGCUCAGAAUUAUCUAGCAGCAUUCCAAUCCAUUUCGUUGAGCCCUUCAUUUUUUAAGUUCACUUCCAUUUGAUCGUUUUAGACAGGACUGCUUUAUCCUUUUGAUCUGUAUUUCAUGUAUCUCUGAGCUUGGUUCUCCCCAUACCAACCGCUGUAGUUCAAUUACAGACGUUCACACAGCAAA